AUGGUGUGGGCAUCCCCAGCCCUGGCAGCCGCCACCCUCUGCCUCCGUGCCUCCGCGGACCUGGUGAAAGCCGCAGCGGCAGCUCUGAUCCUCGGAGCCGUGCUGUCCAGCGCUGAGCAUCCCCACCUCGGGGGGCUGGUGUGUGACAUGCAGCCGGGCUCCUUCCCGGCCGAUCCCGACAUCCUGGACAAGCUGAAACUCUGCCUGGAGCUGACGGGGGCGCAGGGGGAUUCCCUCAACGCCCUGCUCCUGUCGCAUCCUUCGAGCUGGGAUUCCCGGACUCUGCAGGAUUUGGGGCCGCUCGCUCUGGCCUUGAACCAGACCACGCUGAGCUUGGUGAGCGAGGCGGCACGGGAGGAGUUCAGGAGCGGCAUCGCGGCCGCCUACAUCAGCCAGGACCAUUCCCAGCGGGAGAAAUCCCCGAUCCUCCUCCGGGCGCUUGCGGCAGCCUCAGCCGCCUCCCACCGCAGGCUGCGGCGCAGCUCAGGCCGCUGCGAGUCCGAGCCCAUCACCGACAGCAACAUCACUGACGCCGUCCUCUUCCUCCUCCCUGAGGAGCUCGACCUGUGCCUGAGCAGUGAUCUGUUAGUAAAAAACCUGGAGGCCGUGCUGGAACAGCCGAUCACCACGGAGACUUCCCGGGUCCUGAAAAAGAAAGUGGAUGAGUUUUUCCCGUCGGGGAUCCCGGAGGAGCAGCUGCGGCGCCUGGGGCAGCUGUCCCGCCUGUACACGGAGCAGGAGAUCAGCCAGUGGCAGGUGACAACCAGCGACACGCUCGCAGCCCUGCUCAGCCCCUCGGGAGGACCGUGGGACGAUGCCCAGGUGCAGCAGCUGCUCAGCAGGUACCUGGCCCUGGGGGGCUCCUUGACGGGGCCCCUGCUCCGGGAAAUCAGGGGCAAACGCCUGUGCGAGCUGCGGGAGGAGCAGAUCCAGCAGAUCCCCGCUGGAGCCAUCGGGACCGCCGGGCAGUUGAACAUCUCUUCGUGCUCCCAAACCAAGAAGGAGCAGCUCUAUGGGAAGGCGCGGGAGGCCUUUGCCAGCCUGGCCAGCACCCCCGGGCCCUAUUACUGCGGGAUCCAGCCCUACCUGGGUGGAGCUCCAGCAGAGGAUCUGAAGGAUUUGGCCAAUACCGGUGUCAUAAACAUGGAUCUGGACACCUUCCUGGCCCUGAACCCCCGGGAGUUCCAGAAACUCAGCGUCACCGACGUGAAGCUUUUGCUGGGGAAGAACCUCCCUGAGCUGAGGAGAGCCGAGCACGAGCCGCUGGUGGUGAGCUGGGUGCAGAGGCAAUGGCAGCGGGAGCUGGACUGCGUGCUGGGCAUCGGCCUGCAGGGAGGGCAGCCCGAGCCCACGCCCCCUGUCCCCACCUCUGUGCCCACCACCCCGGCCAGUGUCACCGUCCCCACCCCCACUGCCACCAGCAGCCACUCGACCCCUCACCCGGCCCCGCACACGCCGUCCCCAGUUCCCGUGUCCCCGCUGUCCCCGCUGUCCCCGGCCGUGCCGUGCCAGCCCAGCUCCCCUCCGCACCGUCCCAGCAGCCCGAGCCCCGGGAGCACUCCAGAGCCACCACCGCCAACAUCCAACGGCUACAUCAACCUGCAGCCGCCGGAGCCCGGAACCGGAUCCAGGCUCUGCUCCUGCCUCGUGCCCGUGCUGGCAGCCAGC